ACUCACUGUCAACCUCACUUCAUUUGUGGACUUUGGAAUAAUAGCACUGCAUUUACCAAGACGAUUGUCUUCAACCCAACAACCCCAACGGAAUUUUUGACGCUUCGCCCAUUACUCACCAUUUAUAUAAACAAAAGUCUGCCAAAUAAACAAAGCAUUCACUUUUCUUCUCCGGCACCAUGCCUCCCAAAAGCAGCGACACUCUCACAACAGGGAUGAAACGACCCCGAUCCCGUCUGCAGGACGAAGAGACCACCGAUGAGAACAGGGCACCACCAACAUCGACACCGGGAGGAGGAAUGGUCAGUGCCAUUAGCAAAUCCAAAAGGCAGCGACUGAGCAAUGUCUUCGAUCAACAAGCCAUGGGCAUGGGCGCAUUCUCAUCGCCAACCGGUCCGGCAGGAGGAGGUUUGGACCCGUUCGCGGCCAGUAGCCCCGUCCUCGGAUUGCCUACUACCCCACCGGUCGUAGCGACACCAGCCGGAGUCAGGACAUCAGCCCGCCGCAGCGCAGCAAAGCAGCAAGCAGCAGCAAAACAGACUCCCAAACAGACUCCUGUCGCCACGGGCAAGAAGAGGUUCAUCGUCGAACGACCACCUGCUAAGAAACUGGUGUUUGAGGAAACGUGGAGGAGCCUUGGUCCGAAGACGGCGACGGCGGGCAAGGAUGGCAAAGGGUCAGAAAAUCCAUCGCCUCCUCCUGCUAAGGUGCUUAAUAGUGAGGGAGAGGAGGUAGUGGAAGGGCGGCUGGAAGGGCAGGCGAAACAGCGACGGGGAGGCAGCAAGAAGUCAAGGGCUGCGGACGACAUUUACGAAGUCCCUGAUGAUUCGGAGGAUGAAUUGAAGCUUAAUGGGGUGGCGGAUCAUCAACCGGUGAAGGAGAAGCAGCCGGAAAAGAAGAAGGGCGGCCGGCAGCGGAAACAGAAGGAAACAGCUGAGGCAGCGACUGAUCCACCCCCACCCAAGAAACGCGGCCGGCCGAGGAAGGCUGACAGAAUCGCAGCGGAAAAGGAGACCGAUUCUGCUCCUGCGAAGGUUUCUCGACGGCAACCAAGGUCGGGAAAAAAGAAAUCAGCAGACUUGGUGGAAAUCAGCGAUUCUGAAGAGGAACCCGAUGACGCGGUCGAUGACCAGCUUCUGGCGGACCUGGAUUACGAGGAUGGAAAGAAGAGCCAGCCGGUCGGUGAAAAACAAGAACUCAAGGGGAUACUGAGUCCCCAGAAAAAGAGACUGGGUGAUGAUGGCGAUCGAUUGCGCAAGACCGUGGCCUUCAGCAGGUCUGACGAAGAGGAGGAGGAACGGGAAGGGAGGUCGACUGAAAUUACGUUUGAGGACCUGCCAACGAAGAAGAAGAAGCAGGUACCCCGAGAGAACGGAGUCGAGCCUGAAUCACCGACCGUGGACGACGAGGACGACGAGGAUGCGGCAGCAGAGGAUGAAGAGGUGGACUCAGAAGCGGAUGGGAGCGAUGAGGACGAAGUCUGUGUAAUCUGUUCAAAGCCGGAUACCAGAAAAGGUAACCAGAUUGUCUUCUGCGAUGGCUGCGACAAGGCCGUUCACCAAAAGUGCUACGGUAUCCCUCGUCUUCCCAAGGGAGACUGGUUCUGCCGGGAGUGUGUGGAGCUAGGCAAAGACAAGGAGAAGAAGAAGGCUGUGACGUCGUCAGCUGGUGGCGUGACAGCGACGCGCAAAGAGGAAGAAACGAUGGCCACGAUUGAGGCGGCACCCGAAGAGAAGGUACCGGAUAUUCCAAACUUUGAGCGGCAUCUACGAUCCCUGCAGCGAGUCCUGGUCGAGCGCUGUACGGGUAGGCGGCGGAUCAAGCUGCGCGGUCAGGAGGAGGCUUAUGCGAAGACUUGCCAGUUGGUGGAGCAGACUAUUGUGGCAGGUGAAGGUAACUCCAUGAUGGUUAUUGGCGCCCGAGGAAGUGGGAAAACGACGCUGGUCGAGUCUAUCAUAUCCGACAUGUCCGCACAGCACAAGAAUGAGUUCCACGUGGUGAGGUUGAACGGCUUCAUCCACACGGACGACAAACUGGCUCUCCGAGAGAUCUGGCGCCAGCUCGGCAAGGAGAUGGCCGUCGAGGACGAGCUCAUCAACAAGACCACCAACAACCACGCCGACACCAUGGCGUCCUUGCUGGCGCUUUUAUCUCACCCUGCCGAGAUUGGGCUGACACCACAGGAUGGCGUGACGUCUAGGUCUAUCAUCUUCUUGAUCGACGAGUUUGAUCUAUUCGCCACACAUGCCAGACAAACAUUACUGUACAACUUGUUUGAUAUUGCCCAGGCUAGAAAGGCGCCCAUUGCCGUGCUGGGCCUUACAACGAGGAUUGAUGUUGUUGAGAGUCUCGAGAAGCGAGUCAAGAGUCGGUUCAGCCAUCGAUACGUGUAUCUGUCUUUGCCGAAGAGCUUGCCUGCGUAUUGGGAGAUUUGCAAGCAGGGUUUGGUGGUUGAUAAGGAGGAUAUGGAGGCGGAGGGGAUUGCCCAGGCGGUGGAAGGCCAUACUGAGUUUUCGGAGUGGUGGAAUGGAAAGGUCACGGCCCUCCACAAAACCGCCGCCUUCCAACACCACCUAGAAUCUCACUUCUACAGCACCAAAUCCGUCCCCGCCUUCCUAACCUCUUGCAUCCUCCCCCUAUCAACCCUCUCCCCCUCCUCUCCGACCCUGAGGAUACCUCCAGCUCCAGUGGCACCCUCCCCCUCUUCCCUCACUCACACCCUCAUCACCACCGAACCCCCCGACUCCAAGCUCCACCUCCUUGCCUCCCUCUCCGACCUCGACCUCUCCAUGCUCAUCGCCGCCGCCCGCCUCGACAUCGUCGCCCACACCGACACGGUCAACUUCGCCAUGGCCUACGACGAGUACACGUCGCUCAUGAGCCGGGUGCGCGUGCAGAGCGCCAGCGCGGGCUUACUCGCUCUCGGCGGCGGGUCCAGGGUCUGGGGCCGCGGCAUCGCGGGCAUCGCAUGGGAGAGGCUGGUUACCUUGGGUUUGCUCGUGCCUGCUGCGGGCUCGCUGGGCGGUGGUGGGGCGAAUGCUAAGGGAGCUGGAGCGACGCUGGGGCAGAGCGGAGGUGGCCUGGAAGGGAAGAUGUGGAGGGUUGAUGUGGCGUUGGAGGAGAUUCCGGGGGCGGUGAAGUUGGGGAAUGUGUUGGCGAGGUGGUGUAGGGAGAUUUGAGUGGGAGAGGGCUCUGAACAGGGAAGAUGGCAAGUGUCUUGUUGUGUCGGCAUGCGGUGUUGCGGUGCGUCUACCUACCUGGUGAGGAGGAGUUAAGUGGAUUAGCGCGGGCUGUGGUUUUACACACCACUGUCCUCAGAGCCGGGAAAUUUACAUAUAUAGAUGUUGAAUAACUACCUCUAGAGCACGUCUGUGGCGUAGCUAUAGGGGAGUCUAUGGAUUACGGACAUGUUCCAGCCGUGUG